AUCCGGGUGAUUUUGGGAGGUUUGCGCCUGCGUAGUGAUGAACCUCCUUUUUCCGAUGAUAUUUCGUCGGCCCCUAGCCGAGGCUAUCUAAGGUCCAACGGACACAGGCUGAACCAGCCAAAAUGGGGUUCGUUAAAGUGGUGAAGAAUAAAGCGUACUUCAAGCGUUUCCAAGUCAAGUUCAGAAGGCGUAGAGAGGGUGUAACUGACUACUAUGCCAGGAAACGUUUGGUGAUCCAGGAGAAGAACAAGUACAAUACACCUAAGUACAGGCUUAUAGUACGCUUCACCAACAAGGACAUCAUUUGUCAGGUAGCGUAUGCCCGGAUAGAAGGGGACGUCAUCGUGUGUGCUGCGUACGCACAUGAACUCCCUCGCUACGGCAUUAAGGUCGGGUUGACAAACUAUGCAGCUGCAUACUGUACUGGACUCCUGCUGGCCCGCAGGAUUCUGAAGAAGUUCAGCCUGGACACGAUCUAUGAAGGCUGCACCGAGAUUGACGGUGAUGAGUACAACGUGGAGGAGGUUGACGGCCAGCCCCGCCCCUUCCGCUGCUUCCUGGACGUGGGGCUGGUCCGCACCAGCACCGGCGCCCGCGUCUUCGGCGCCAUGAAGGGAGCCGUCGACGGCGGUCUGGACAUCCCCCAUAGCACGAAGCGCUUCCCGGGUUACGAUGCCGAGUCGAAAGACUUCAACGCGGAGGUUCACCGCGGGCACAUCUUCGGCCAGCACGUGGCUGAGUACAUGAGGAAACUGGAGGAGGAGGAUGAGGAGGCCUACAAGUCCCAGUUUGGAACCUACAUCAAGCUUGGCAUCACGGCUGACUCGAUUGAGGAGAUGUACACCAAGGCCCACGCUGCAAUUAGGGAGGACCCUGAGCACAAACCUAAGGAGAAGAAGGAAGUUACCGUCAAGAGAUGGAACCGUGCCAAGAUGUCCCUCGCGCAGCGUAAGGACCGUAUCAAGCAGAAGAAGGCAUCGUACCUGAGGGCCAUGGAGGCGGAAUAACCAGACCCCCCAUCUCACCUACACAACAACCCGGCCUGGAUGUGUGUGGACUAAAUAAUGUACAUGAAAUACACAAAAAAAUAAAUGCCCUCUCAAACAA